AUGGUUGCUGCAUUUGCAAGGGAAGUCUGUCAGGGAGAUCCUCAACCGGAUGAUCACUGUGUAUCAGGAAGAUAUAACUCAGUGGUUAGGUGGAAGAGGCACUUUCAUUGUGGACAGACAAACCUUGAAGAUGAACCCCAAAGUGGAAGACUAUCUCUCACUGAGGAACCGGGAAUUGUGAUGCAGGUGGAAGCUUUGAUCCUAUCCGAUAUGCGCAUAACUACAAAAGCUGUUGUUCAUGAGGUCCACAUUAUCUGUGGAUCAGUUUUCAGCAUCAUCCAUGACGAGUUACACAUGACAAAGGUUGCUGCACAUUGGGUGCCACAAUUGUUGACACCAGUUCAAAAACAGCAAAAGAUGGAUGUGGAAAAGAAACUUUUGCAGUUGUGUCAAGAUGAAAAGAUGGAAUUUUUCGACCACUUGAUCACAAUGGAUGAAUGUUGGGUCUAUCAUUAUGACCCUGAAACAAAGGAAAUGAGCAAGCAGUGGAAACAUGCAGACUCGCUGCGACCAAAGAAGGUGAAAUCCCAGCCGUCAUCAGGAAAGGUGAUGUUGAGUGUGUUCUGA